GGGGCUUUAAACUUCCUGAUAAAACGUAUAAAGGAUCAUACAUACAAGUGUGUCAUUUUAAAGAGUAAAUUUAUAUAGUCAUGAGAAUCGUGGUCUUAAUCGUUAUCUUUGUGAUGAUAUUUGUGAUUUACUCAGAUGCCCUCACCGCUAACCUGACCCACAGACCCAGUCCAGCCCUGGAAAACAGCCCAGUGACACUUACAUGCUCGUACACAGGACUACAGGCUGAUGAGAGUUUAUCACGCACAACUUGGAGCGUGAUGUCUCCGAAUGAAACAGUUGGAACUGAAGGAAGGAUUAUAUUGCCUUCAUGCUCUCCCUUUGGGUUUAUAGAUCCCAGUCUCUACAACUAUUCCUGUGCGAAUGGAUAUAUCAACUGGACAAUACGAAACAUCAGCAGGAUGAAUGAUAAGGAACUGUGGUUUUGUUUAAUUGUAACAUCACUUCAAAGUCAACAGGCAUUUGAUACACUCAACGUUCAAGUCCCCAUAACGUCGGUGAGCCUUACAGAACCUACCGACUCCACAGUGACGAUGGACGCAGGCACUUCUGAGAAGUUCAUUUGUAGGACGUCAGGUGGACUUCCCCAAGCCACGAUCAAAUGGUUCAAAGUGGCUGGAGGAACGUGCUCUCAGUCUGGAAUGGCGAUCACGUCUUCAGUUUCCAUCCCUACUGUCAGUGUUUUGGAUGGCUUGAAGCUAGUAGAAAGUACCCUGACCUUCACCGCCUCACGUAAAGACGAUGGGCUGAGGAUAUGUUGCAGUGCCAGUAAUGUUGCUGAGGAGCAUCGCGUGUCUGAAACCAAACGAGUGGAUGUCAGAUACGCACCAUCCGACCCUCCAGUUAUCGAAGGAUACGCCAGUGGCAGUACAUUUAGUAUGAUAGAAAACAGCACAGAAAGUCUCACGUGUAGAAGUACGGGUGGUAACCCUCUGGCCACUGUGACCUGGAACUGCUUCAACAACCAGAUGUCCAGUCCUAUAGAACAAGGGAGUACGGUAAAAAGGACUGUACAGUGGACAGCGAAACGAAAUGAGAACGCCAGGUGCACGUGUACAGCCUCACACGUGACCAGACCAAAUCAGCUCCAGAGUGCCUUUGUCAACGUUAACAUACUGUAUCCUCCAUCUUCACCUCUAUUCAGAGUGGCCAAUACGGAUGUUGGUUCCAGCAUCAAAAUCUUAACCGAUAGUUCACAGACUGUUGAAUGUACCAGUUCCGGCAACCCGUCCCCGGCUACGAGCGACUUUACCUGGAGAAUGGGCACCAGUGAAAUGAGCACGGGUUCAGUGUUGAACUGGCAGGGUGGAAUCAAGGUUGGUGAUGAAGACAGCUACACGUGUACUGUAGAAACAACUUUAACACCAUCCGACCAAAGUAAAGACGCCAAAGUUGCUACGAGUUCAUCAACUGUAGAAAUCACAGUACUUUAUCCACCGGAAUUACCAACAUUGCAUUGGGACAGUAGUUCAGGACCGGUUAUAGAUGGUCCUUUAACGCUUGUGGUUCAACGAUUGUUCACUCUUGCAUGCGUUGCUUCUUCUAAACCUCCUGCCAACUACACGUGGACAGGAGGAGUGAACGUUGUCCAUGGUCAGCUACUACAAGACACGCUUACUGCCAAGGUGAACACAACGAGGACGUGUACUGCAAGGAAUAUACUUAACCCUACAGUUGGGGCAGCCAGGGCUAUGUCGUCUUCAGCUACUAUCACAUUAAAUAUAAACUAUCCCCCUGAAAGUGUAAGCAUCAGGCACGAGUCAGUAUCCGGAACCGUUAUUCAGUCCGAGUUCAGAGUCAUCGAAGGAAAUUCGACCAAACUAUACUGCACUGUACAAAGUCAGCCGGCUUCGUCAUUUAGGUGGUCAGGAGCAGACAUACACUCGCUUGGUAGUAAUCUGGUAUACAAAAAUACGCUCAAAUCACAGGCUGGGGUGCUAUCGUGUUUUGCGGAAAAUAAUAUGAAGCAUGGAAACCAAAAUAUAAAAGGAUUGGCGUCAAAAAUCAUUUCCUUAAAUGUUCUUUAUCCUCCAAAGCUUCAUACUAUAACUAGGAGAAAUGCGCUUGAGGGAAAUAUUGUUUUGAUUCAGUGUUUGUUCACUGCUGGAAAUCCAAUAACAACAAGGUCAACAUUCACUAGAGCAGUUGACGGCACCAGUUGGAGUGGAGACUCUCAUACAUUCCAGUCAAUCCACCGUGAAGAUGCCGGUCUUUACAGAUGUACAGUCGAGAAUUCGAUGGAUCCUACCGGAGCAGAGAUACAGACAGGAAAUGACACAGCGGACUUUGAGAUUAACGUCUGGUACAAUACAUCCAUUUUAAGGUUUGAUGUCAGUACCUUUCCAAACCAAAACAUUAUCACCGUAAAUGAGUCGGAGCGACUUUUAAUCGUUUGUGAGGUUUUAAGCAACCCUGAUUCUACAAUCAGAUUGAAAGAAAACCACAUGGCAACGAUUCUAUUGGAAAGAGAGAAUGUUCUGGAAGUAGAGUACGUAAUUCAAAAUACCUCAUGCUCUGAUUCUGCAGUCUACACAUGUUCUGCAUUCAACAACUACACGGCUAUGGAAAGAGUGCCAUUCAAAGAGUUGCAGUUGUUUGUUCAAUGCUCACCCAGACCUUCAAAACAUCAGAGUCACCUUAGACGGAAUUUCACUGGAUUCCUACAUGGAAAUGUAACGUUUGUCUUGAUGGUGGAUGCAUAUCCACUGCCAGAGUUUAAAUGGCAAAGGUGGAACGGAACAUUUUAUACAGAAGUUAAUGGAGAAAACUAUGUUAUAUUUUCCUCAUAUCUUUUCACAUCACUUACUAUUUUGGACAUUAAAGGGGAUAGUUUUGUCCCAUAUGCUGUUCAAGUUUCCAAUGGAAUUCAACCAAAUUUGCAAGAAAUAUUCUACCUCAACCACGAAGAAAGCGGGCAUUCAAAUCGUGCAUCUGUAAUUGGCGGUGUGGUUGGUGGAUGUCUUUUUAUAUUAGUGGUUGUUGUUCUUAGCGUGAUUAUACUGAAACGGAAAUAUAACUGUUGCAUCAAAAAGUCAACGAAGGAAGAUGGCCAACCGGGAAAAUGCGUCCAAGUUCCUGACAACCCGGGAUUCGCGGCUGCCGUCACGUACGAGGCUAGGACAGCGACACAAGAAACAUCUGAAUACGAUGCUCUAAACGCUGAAAAUGAUAGACCCGACAAGUCACACGUCUACAUGUCAGUUGUUGACUCAACAUCGACCCCCAGUCCGCACUACGAAAAUUCAAAAACAGAGGAUCCUGUUUACAACAAUACGAUGCUUCAAAACUCGGUGCAGACAGUGCUUUAAUACGGCAUAGACUUAUUUUGAGUCCAAUGCAUACGUGACAACGAGACAUUCAUUUUUUGCGAUUAUUGACAAUUUAAUGUUGUUAAGCAAUUCCUGUUUAUUAGCAUGCACAAGCUGAUUUUACCACCCCUGUGAAAAUUGUUUAGUCAUUUAAAUCGCGUUGGUUGGAUAAAUGUAAUGGGCAUGCGCACUGGUAUAUCUUUGCCUACGAGCAAUAUAACUCAUGUUAUGUCUUUUUCAAAUUAUUUUUUUAAAUUUGGCAUUUCAGUGAUUUCAUUUUCCAACAGCACUAGUGUCAAUAGCCUUCGAAGCAGAAUAAAAGUUGGCAACGGUACUCAAUUUAAAAUGACAUUUAAUAUGUUACUUUCAUUGUGGGAAUUUAAGUUUUCUUUCUCGAGUUUCUCGAUUUGGAUAUUAAAUCCGAGUAGUAAACAGAAGAAUUGCUAUGUUUUGAUAAAACAAAACGCUACUAUAUAAAAACAGAUUUCCAAUAUGAAAAUAAUCGAACGAAAAUCUCAUACGGAUCUGUGAGCGGUAUGCGUUUUCUUGUAAACAGCGGUAACCGAUCUGAAUGAUGUUUUAUUAUAUAAUAAGCAUUAUAUAUGAACAUUAUGUUUAUGUUAUUUUUUCUUAAGACUGACCUUGUUAUAUAGCAAGUAUAGAAUAAAGUAAUUUCAAUUCGAUUGGUUGAUGUCAUUGAAUCGACAUCAUACGUGUUGCUAGUAUCGUUUUAUUAGAUCAUGUAAUUAUAAUUAAGUUGCAUUCAUCCUCGGCUGCAAUUGUAUUUUUUUGUCGUUUUUGUCCGUUUAAGUUCUGAAACCAUUGUUAUAUGGAUACAGUAACAUAAUUGCCUCACCAAUAUUUCGUGUGUUUUUUUUAUCGUUAUUUAUCAUAAUUUUUACCUAAUUCCAUCUUUACCAAAACAAAUGUAAAUGUUGAAAGUGUUUGUAUUAAGAUUUCAGAUAAAGAAUGUUUUUUGCAUAUUAACUGGUUUGUUUUUAAAAAGAUAGUAUAUGACAUCAUAUCAAACUCAUAUCCGCUAGACAGAUGUUUAUGACGUAGACGAGUUACGUACCUAUAGUUGUUGCGUUCAUAGUUCCGAUUUCGGCCUACCUUAUAAGUGCCGAUGGUCUCAAUAAGACUCCAAAUUUGCAGUUAUGCUGAGUUACAUUGACUGACUGUUGAACUGUAAAAUAUCUUAAAAUGUAUAUAAACGCUUGCAAAACUGUAGCCAUUCCCGCAUUUAUUUGUGUAUUUAUGUUUGCAUAUCUUAAAUGUCAAGAUCUAUUUAUAAUUACAUGUGAUGGAAAGUAAUUGUAUAUAGUAUAAAGGUCUGCUUUUUGUUAAUAUGGGGUUUUGUUUAUUUACUAUGUAUAUAUUUUGCUUAAAAUAUCUAUUUUAGUGUAUUGAGGCUAAAAAGAAUGAAGAUUAUUUUUUUGCGCAUAAGAUAGUAGUUUGUUUGUAUAAGUGAUUCUAUCGCCAUAAUUGUUUUCUCCUAUCAUUUAUAUUCCUUAAUUUGGCAUGUAUUCUUAACGCAUAACACAUUCUGUUCACGGAUGCAAAUUGAAAGCUAGAUUGUCGAACUCAUUCAGUUUUCUUACUUAGCAACCUUAUAUUCUUUAUUAGCAACAAUGAACGAAAAACCUAAGUUUUUGUUACUUCAAUAUAAUGGUGGUUGAAAUUUAGAUUUUCCCUUUCGUCUAGCUUUCUAAGAUUUGCACUCUAGAAGUACAGAAUAAGUGUAUCCUUUUUUCUUCAUGUUAUGGAACAGAAUUCUUCUCUAUAUACAUGUGAUAUUCAUAUAUAUUCUGUGUAUAUAUGUACUCGCAUAUGGUUAUUUAAUGUGCUUUAAUAUCAUCAUAUUAUGUAUAUGAUGGUCAUACUUUGUAUAUAUGUAAGUGUUUAUUCAUUUAGUUUCUCUGGACUCUGUUCAAAUUAUUCAUUCCCCCGUAUGUUAUGCUCUCCAAAUAUUGAGAAAAUUAAAUAUUUAUCUAUCUAUCUAUCCUAUAUUUUCUUGUUAUUUCUGACCACAGUUUCACUACUUUACUUAC